CAUACGUUCAAAUUUAUUUCAUUGAUACGUAACGACAGUGAUUAGGAAACUGCGCGAAAACAAAAGCGCACGCACAAAAAAAGUCUUCACAGAUAAGAGAGAAAAAACACAGUGCCUCAAUGUGGUCUCGAAUACCCUAUGCCGCUUCCCAAAGAAAGCGAUCACAUAUUGGGUACGUCGGGACCACAUCAGGUAAUUAUCUAAUUAGGAGCUUCGGGCUUAUCACUGCAAAUCACCAAACUUGAAAAUUGAACUCAUCGAUGACGCAUGCACUUAACCAAGUCAAAAGAUAAGACGCGUAGACUUCAUACACUUAUAGAAAACACGUUAUCAACUCGUCAAUAUAUAGAUAUUGCAAUUUGAGUGUAAAAUUAUCAGUUUCACAAAUAAAAGUGAUAAUAUUUUGAAGAUUUUAAGUUUAGUGCAUUUAAAGGUGUAUUUUUGGUUGCAUAUAGUAAAAGAAGUUUUGAAUUAAAUUUCAUCAAGUUUGUAUGUAAAUCUAUUGAUCAAACAAUUGAGUAUUAAUCAAAAUAGUGUCUUGACAGGAUGGCGAAAGCAAAACAAGUUCAAUUACAGAUUGAUAUCACCUCCGAUGAGGAAUGGGAGAAGUUUCUUCAGCGAGAUGGUCUUCUCGUGGUGGAUAUCUACUCGGAAUGGUGUGGUCCAUGCUUGGCAAUGCAGGGAAACCUCAAGAAGAUAAAACUUGAGAGUGGGGGAGAUUUUCUCCAUCUUGGAAUGGCUAGAUCAAAUAAUGUGGAAGCCCUGAAACGUUUUCGUAAUAAAUCUGAACCAACAUGGAUGUUUAUCGCAAAAGGUCAACAAGUAGGUUUACUUUUUGGGUCCAACGCUCCCGAAUUACAAAGAAUGAUUAUGGAUGAAAUGGUUAAAGAAAAAGAAUGUUUGGAAGGAAUACGCACACGUCCCCAACGUUUACCAGAAGAAAACUCCGAGCAGGAGCAAGCAACAUUUGAAAAACACGCCAAAAUUGAACAGGACCGUGAAAGGGUUAAAGUGGAGAAAGCCCAGAGACAACUCAAAGACAGACGAAUUGCUCAGGCUAAAAAUAUAUUGGAUACAAUGGCGCAUCUUGGAUUAAUCAUCAUUUUUCCGCAUGCUGUUAAAAAAAGCAGUGAUAUUUUGGAUGAAUUUUUACCUCAUACGGAAGCUGAAGCCAUAAAACAACAACAAAUGCAAGCCAUGUUGGAGUUAGAUGAAGGUAUUGAUCAACUAGAAGAGGAGGAAGUAGAGGUAGAAGAAGAAGCUGAAGAGGAAGAAGCGGAAGAAGAACAGGUGGCUGAGGUAAUAGAUCCCAAUGAGUUUAGACGGGUUAGUUCCACCUUUAGUCCAACGGCUAUUACAAUUGAGAUUGAAGAUUUGGUUGAAGAGGAAGUUGUGGAGGAAGAAGUAGACGAGGCGGAUCUUUGGGGUCUAUGGGCACCUGCGAAUGACUUGGUUAAGUCUACAGCGUUGAAAUAUUGUUUCCCCUUGAUUACAUCUGCGCUGAUAUUGCCGGAACCGGAACCAGCGCCUGCGCAUCUUGCGAUUGCGUUUGAAGUGUUUAAGAAGCAUGAUAUCUAUAAGGUUAUGGAUGAGUAUGAGAGUGAGAUUCUGGCGUUUGGGUUUUUCACUUCGGAUCAACCUGAUGAGGCUAAACUUAUUGCUAAGACGAAGAAACAGUAUGAGAAACACUUCACAGGGACUAAUUAUGGAGAAAAAUUGGUCCUCAAAGUAGCAAAAAGAAAAUCAGACCCUAUUCUAGCCUUCGCCCAACUAGGACCAACCUACAUGUCCUCAAACGUUGAUACAGGAGAACGUGACUGUUCGCAUUUCUUCCCGGAAAACUACGAGGACGAAGACGCGGAAAUAGCUCCCCUUCAACCAAGACACACUACUUUUAUUGAAGAUACAAUUGGUGAAGACCAAGAAGAGAUGAUAUUUGAAGGUGUGUUACACGGUGAAGAAGAAGAAGAUUUAGGAGACCUAGGAGGUGAAGUGGAAGACAUACCUCCAAUGGAAAUGAGUGAAUUACCCCAAGUUGAAGACGAAGAAGAAGGUGAAGAAGGUGAAGGUCAAGAUAAAGCAACCUCACCCCCACCACCAUCAAUGAGUACAAGUAAAAUGAAAGUCAAGUCAACCACAAGUAAAUUAAACGCAAAGAUUACAGCUUCAAGGAUGCAAUACACACAAGAAGCUCCUCCACCACCUCCUGUUAUACCAGAAGGUGGAGAAGCUACUGAAGGUGAAGAAGGAGAAGGACCUCCACCCCCACCACCUGAAGGUGAAACUACUGAAGCACCCCCACCUCCUCCUCCACCUGAAGGUGAAGGAGAUGCCCCACCUCCUCCUCCACCUACUGAAGAAGCUCCUGCACCUGAAGAACCACCUCCGGAAGCACCCCCACCUGAAGAACCUAAAAAUGAAGAAGAAGAGGAAGGAGAUUAA